AUGUUCCGUCAGCUCCUUCUCGUCGCAGCUUUAGUGUGCUUGUCUUAUGGUGACCAUGCAUACACGCUCGAUGAUAUACCUCCUCAGUUCAAAGAGCUUAUGCCCGCGAAUGUAAAAAAUUUUUUGAAUGGUCUAUCUGUUACUGACAAAGCUGCGAUUAUGGAGAUCGCUAAAAAUUGUGCCAAAUACAAGACUGAGGAAGAAGCGUUGGAUGCACUGAAAGCAAAAGCUCCAGAACUUGGUGCUAGAGUUGAAAAAUUCCACGACAUGUUCAGGGAAAAGUACGAUGCUCUUCAACCUGAAGCCAAAGAAUAUGUCAAGGAGGUAAUCGCUGUGGGGCGCAAAAUCCAUGCCUCCAUUGCUGAAGGUAAGAAAAUCACUGUCGCUGAUUUGAAGGAGAACGCCCAGAAAGAAGUUGAAAGGUACAGAUUGCUGUCUGAACCGGCAAAGAAAGAAAUUCGGAGAGCAUUUCCUGUCAUCACUUCUUUCUUCAAAAGUAGGCGAGAAGAUCCAGACAUUGAUAAAGAAGUGGAUGGCCAAACCCUAGAUGCCGAGUCCUGCAGAUGUGCACCAUUCUUUCGUUGUUAUGACUUGGACCAUGUUGGUCUGACACACCUCGUUCUCAGCUUUUUUCCUUAUCGAUUCCGCAAUAAAUCGCCGUUGAACUUACUGAAUGCAGCAGGCUUUGAUAUACUAGUCAGACAAAAGAAGCAGGAGAUGCUGUCAAAAAUGUCCGAAACGUAUCCUGGUGGGUUACCAACAUCGGAAGAGUAUGCAGUGUGA